AGUGUAGAGCCAACAAGUGAGAGAAAGUCAAGUUUAGCCGCGUCAAUUGCAGUGUGUUGUAAAGUGUCAAGUGUUACAACAAAAACAACUACAACAGAAACAACAAAAAGCUAAUUACAAUGUGUGUGCGCCAACAGUUGAAAGUCUUGAGCGUGCUGCUGCUGCUGGUGGCAGCAACUAUGGCACGCCCCAUGGAUCUGUAUGACGAUGUGAGCGACUUCUUCGAUGCCAUCUCCCUGGACGAUGUUGCCAAUACGGGCCGCAAUACGCACCCUGAGCAGUUCUGCAUGAUGCCUGCCCGCAAAGGAGUUUGUCGUGCUCUCAUCCCACGCUGGCGCUACGAUCCGGAGCAGAAAAAGUGCGUGGAGUUCAAGUUUGGCGGCUGCGAUGGCAACGAAAACAACUUCGCCAGCUACAAGACCUGCAUGGCUACCUGCGAGGGCAUGUAAACAUCUCCUCCUCCUCAUCCAAUACUUACGACCGGUCGGCCACCUACAAUAUCCGAUUAGUCGGCGUUGCCAAAGGCGCUUGCUUUUCCUGCAAACUCUACUAAGUAGCGUAGCAAAGGCAGCAUUUAACCCACUCACUCACACUCACACACAUACAUACACACACACACAAGCACAUUAACUGUUUCUUAAUAUUGCUUUUAAUAUUUAUACAGUUUCCUUCACAUACUUACUAUGUUAGUAAUUAACUCAUGCAUCACAUUUUUUUGUUCGUUUUAGUCGCUCUAAGGCACAACCAAUUGUAAAAGGUGUUAAACACUUUCCUAGCUCUUAAGUUAUUGUGAUAAAUAAGAUGAUGAUGAUGAAAUAAAGAAUUUUGUAAA